AUGCCUUCCGACAAACAGCAUCAUCGGAUUCGCGGCCUAGCUGCGCUCAGGCAUCUGAGGCAAGGCGUACGCUCAACCUUCUCAAGGCACCCGCAGGCUACAUUAUCUGCUUCAGGUAGCGGACCAGCCUCCUCAAUAAACCAGAUCCGUGUUCUCCAUGUCCAACCUUCUUCUAUACGAUAUCGACGAAUAGAAUGCGAACUCAAGCUUGUCAACCUCGACGAAGCACCUGUUUACAAUGCUCUAUCGUAUGUUUGGGGGGUCGACCCACCCAAGGUCACGAUCAUAUGCAACGGUCAACGCCUCAAGAUCCGACCAGAACUUUCGUAUGCUCUUGUGAGGCUGAGGCUCAAAGAAACUACGCAAAUUAUCUGGGCCGACGCUCUUUGCAUCAACGAGGCCGACGACCAAGAGAAGAGCCAUCAAGUUCCCCCAAUGAGCAAGAUCUUCUCGCAGGCAACACAGGUCAAUGUUUGGCUCGGUCACGGUGAUGAUAGCGUCAUAAGAGAAGCGUUUCGGUGUUGCAAAUUGAUCGCGGAUGCAUGCAACGAGUUCAGCCUGAAACACGACAUCAAUCUGGACGGCGAUGAAACCCACAGAGUAGUAGAAGUCCCAAUGAUCAUCUUCACGCCUAUGUUGAGUAUGAGUCUGACAGAUCUGUUCGAGCGCCCGCUAUUCUCAAGAGUUUGGUGUAUACAGGAAGUCAAGUUAGCGCAAGAUGCUCUAGUAGUUUGGGGCGAACAAUGCCUCCCGUGGGCGGAGGUCGGCCAGGCAGCGCAGUGGAUUUUCGACAGGCAAUUUGGAAGUGAUGACACCAAUAAAGAUCUGGGAAGUUCAUUCGAAGAGAUCAGUGUUAUGGGGGUAGAUUCCAUUUACGAGUUGGAUCCUGUCAACUGUUCAGUUCUCGAAGUGUUACAAAAAUUCCGCGAGUUCCAAUCAACGGAUCCCAGGGACAAGGUGUACGGCCUGAUUGGUCUUUCUGGAUUUCAACCAGACAGAAAUCUGAUGAUGCCGGACUAUACAAAGAGUACCGCACAGGUUUUCACCGAUACGGCGUUGCAUACCAUCACUAGAAACAAACACCUACUGGUCUUUGCGCACGUAGCACACCAUGCAGAUUACGACGGAGAUGACGAUUACCGAUCAUGGGCACCACGUUGGGACAUUCCCCGAGAUACAGUUUCCAUAGGUCAGGGCGUCGUGGUUCUUAAAAGUGGCGCCUGUAGCGGACGUGAAGCCCAAUUCGUCGUUACUAAACAUCCUGAGGGUGAGCAAUUAUGCCUCACCGGUAUCAUUCACGCCAAAGUAACUACCGUCGAUAAGGUAUUCGACUUGGAAUCUUCCACUAAGCUUGAGGGCCUUCAAAUGUAUCCCGAAGUCGUUGAGGCUUACAAAGGGAUAGAUUGGAAUAACCCCAUGAGCGACGUGGCCUUGCCAGUAUUAGCUCGGACACUUACUGUAGAUGACACGACGAGAAACUCUACUAAGUUAGGUAGCGAGUCAGGCCACGCCCGCUACGAAGAAUUCAGACGCUACCUCGAAUGGUACCGUGACCCAAAGGCAGAGUUUGACAGCUUGAGUGGCGACGCACUUCAAUGCCACAACCAAAUAGGGAUUCUCUGCGGCGGCUACCGCUUCUUUCGGACAGAAGAGAAAGACUUCGGCAUCGGUCCAGCGUGUAUGCGUGAGGGUGAUGUUGUCGUGGUGUUCUACGGGGGUAGUGCGCCAUGCGUGUUGCGACCGAAAGGCGACAGAUAUCUCCUGCUAGGCAACGCAUAUGUCGACAGUAUUAUGAACGGCGAGCUCGUAAAGGAGGUUGAAGAAGGCAAGCGACAAGAGCAAGAAUUCUGUCUCAUCUAG